ACGCCUUACAAAGCAUACACGCGCUUCUCUCUUUACGAAGAAAUUCCUCCUUGCUUCCUAAGGAAAGCUCGAUACCGAGAUCAAAAAAGUCAGGGUCAGAUCUAGGGUUUCCAGUUUUCUUAAUCUUCCAAAAAAAUGGCGCUCGAGUGGGUCGUGCUUGGUUACGCUGCUGGUGCAGAGGCGAUCAUGGUCCUCCUCCUCACUAUCCCGGGCCUCGACGGUCUCCGCAGGGGACUCGUUGCCGUUACUCGGAAUCUGCUCAAGCCUUUCCUAUCGGUGGUGCCGUUCUGCCUGUUCCUUCUUAUGGAUAUUUACUGGAAGUACGAGACGCGUCCGAGCUGCGAGGGCGAUUCCUGCACCCCUUCCGAACACCUCCGCCACCAGAAGUCCAUCAUGAAGAGCCAGAGGAACGCGCUUCUCAUUGCGGCGGCGCUUGUGUUUUAUUGGCUGCUUUAUUCGGUGACGCAUCUAGUGGUCAAGAUCGAGCAGCUGAAUCAGCGUAUUGAGCGGCUUAAGAAUAAAGACUGAAGUCUCUGGCCAUGGAUGAUGGAUAUGAGAUAAGUGGAUUUGUUGUUUGAAUUUCGUUUUCUUUUUGAUGAAUUGCGAUUAUGAUGAUCUUAACGUUACUUUUAAGCUUAAUAGAUAAGGUAAUUAUGUUGUGUUUGGACGAUUGACCAUUAUUGGUUAAUGUGAAAGCCUCUUUAAUCCUUUCGAAAA